AUCAUGUCUCUCUUCCUUUGCGUCGACUGUGGUGGAACAAAGACCGCUGUAGUCAUUGCAGGUUCUUCUGGCGCCAUUGUUGGCCGUGGAACUGGAGGACCAUCCAACAUCACCUACCUUUCCAUCGACGCUUUCAUCGACUCGAUUAAUAAAGCCAUCGUCCAAGCACUCAAAGAAACCAGACCGUCGGAUCCAUCGAUCCAUGCUUUGCCAUUCGCAGAGGGCAUAGUCAGCCCAUUCGUAGCUGCAUGGUUUGGUGUCUCAGGAGCGGACUCUCCGGCUGCCAUCGCCAAAGUUACCCCAGCCAUCUCCAAGCUCAUCGGUAUCCCUGCUGGUCCCAACCUCGUAAUUGCGAAUGACACCCACCUGUUGGCCGCACCAAUGCGGAUGUAUCCCGACAUCGACAGUGCCAUUGCCGUGAUUGGAGGGACUGGGUCGAUUGGUGUUAGUUUCAAGAUAGGCGCUGAGGGUAAAAUCGAGGAACUUGGUCGUGUGGGCGGCUGGGGAUGGAUAUUGGGGGAUGAAGGAGGGGGAUAUGAUGUUGGAAGGGAGACGUUACGACAAAUUCUGCGCGAAGAAGACCAUGCUUCUGUCACUGGACAACCAUCGCCACCCAGUAAACUCAAGGAUCGCGUUCUCAAACGGUUCGGAGUGGACCACGUCAUGGAGAUCUUUGGCAUCGUUUACCAUGGCGAUCCUACUCCCUCCUCUCCCUCGGAAGAUGCAUGGGCAGCAGACGAUUUGCGACGGUUGCCCAAAGAGAAGCGGAUCUCGUCGCUCCCGCGAUUGGUGUUCCACGCGGCGUUCGAGGAGGAUGAUUGGUUGGCAAAGCAGAUCCUCAAGGCGUGCGCCGCCAAUCUGGCUUCUCAAGUUGCAGUACUGCUUGGGGAAGGGACGAAGGAUGCGCAGAAGGUUGUCAAGGCGAAGGACUCGGUCAUCUCGUUUGGAGGUUCAUUGGUGGGAGUGGAAGGAUAUAGGAAGCUCAUUCUCAACGAUUUGGCGCAGCGAGGAUACGUAUUCCCCCACAUCCACUAUGUCGAGGAUGCCGCUGCCACUGGUGCGAUCGCGUUGGCGACUGCCUACAUCUCGAAGCAAGACAAAUGAAGGAAGGGACGCCGAAUCUCAAAUCCCAGGAGACAAUGGCUCGAAAGAGU